CUUUUUUACAGCAGAGCGUGCCAAAGCAUUACAGCACAAACAUCAGAGUUGGAUAAGACCGGGAGAGGAACAUGCCUGGACAUCUGAUGUUGUGUGCCACUAGUUCACACUCUUGUUCUCUGAAUCAGUAAAAGAGUCAGCAGUAUUUCUCUGGUGCUCAGUGCUCGUGGCUAGUUUGUUUUGCAGCAGCGGUAACUAAAGGUUAGCCCUGGAACACAUUGUAGUUUCACAAUAGGCUCCGUUUCGGCUUACGGUGCAACUCAGUGGCCCUGAUUGUGACGCCGGCCUGUUUGUGGUCCAGUGAACGGCACCGCUGCAUCAGUGGCGUCCUCAACCCCCCUCUGUGACCGUGUGUGUGUGUGUGUGUGUGUGUGUGUACGCGUGUGUGUGUGUACGUGUGUGUGGCCUUUGCAUGUGAACACACAGGAGAACGCAGCAGUGCACUGGAUCCAUGUGAUGUGCUUGACUGCCGGCUGUUUAGCUGAAAGCUUCAUGGGCGUACAUGUGUGUGUGAGAGAGAGAGAGCUUUAUCUGUUGGUGCUGAUGUAGGCUGCUGUAUGAUUGGUUUACAGAUGCUAGUAGUGCAGUAAGUCUGGAUGCUAGCCGUGUUAGCGGGUGGACACUAGGCUGGCUGUAGGACUGGUGUUGGGACUGCUAGCUGUGAGGCAGGGGUGGAUGUUGCCUUGGUGGGUGUAGAGACUGCUAGCUGUGUGGCAGGGGUGGAUGUUGCCUUGGUGAGUGUAGAGAGUGCUAGCUGUGAGGCAGGGGUGGAUGUUGCCUUGGUGAGUGUUGAGACUGCUAGUUGGUGCUGGCUGUUCGACUGGUGUGGAUGCUAGUGAAGUAGAGGACUGGUGUGUGGGUGUAUGGCCUGGCUAGCCCUGUGUAGCUUUAGUUAGCGCUGCUAACUGAUCCUAGUGAAGUGGGAGAACCUGCUCUUAGUGGAGGGCCCAUUGGGAGAACCUGCUCUUAGUGAAGGGCCCAUUGGGAGAACCGGAAGAUGCGAAGACAUCGGUGUGUGAGUCCCACUGGGGUGGAGAACCCGGUUCUGGAGAUGACAGAUGGGCUAUUGAGUACGGUAUCUAAGCAUUCUCUCAGCACGCAGGUUUCCAGGGCGACGGUGUCCAGUGCGGUGCGGACGGCGGCCCAGUGGACCUCAUACACCUGCAGCCGGUGGAGACGCGGCGCCCUGAAGUGUGUGAGGAAGAAACCCUCAGGAGAAUGCGUUGGUGAGCGGUAUAAAGGCCUGGCGUGGGAUGAGGAUGUGGUGGACGGGCUGGAGCGAACGCUGCGUCUGAAUAAGAACCUUCUGGAUCACUUCAGAGUGCUGGCCGCCAGCAACGAGGACACGGACCAGGUGGACCUGCCUUUCCUGCAUGGAGUUCUCACUGAUGGAGCUGACCCCAACACAGCUGACAAAUACGGCCAGACGGUGCUGCAUGAGAUCUCGCGGGCGUGGAACGUGGAUGUGAUGCGCUUCUUUCUGGAGAGGGGGGGGGAUGUGCAGAGGGCCGAUAUGUACGGGGUCACACCGCUACACGUGGCCGCCGCACUGGACUACGAGGGGAUGGUCCUCUACCUCCUGGAGAAGAACGCGGACAUCACUGCGCGCACACACAAAGACCACCAGACUCCGCUGCACUUUGCUGCUAAGAACGACGCCGUGGGCACGCUCCGCAUCCUCCUCCAGCACGGAGCCGACAUCACCGCCAGAGACUACAAACAGAGAACGCCCCUCCAGCUGGCUGCUAACCUCGAUCGCAGUGAGGCGGCGCGUACCCUGAUUGAGCUGGGGGCGGACGCCGGUGUGCAGGACUCGGAUGGACAGCUCUGCAUCACCGCUAUGAUCGGCAAGAUGACCCCUGUGGCCCACCUGGCCCUGAAUCAGUUCCAUGUGACGGACAGAAUGACCCGUCAGCAGUUCUACUACAUCCACCUGCUGGAGCCACAGCCGCACUGCAAGAGGACGUCACGUCCACCUGGUGCGGUCUGUAGUGAACCCACAUCACCGCUGGAGUUUAUCGUACGGCAGGGGAAACUGGACCUCGUCAUGCAUCCUGUGGUUCUGAAGCUCAUCACUGUCAAAUGGGAUCUCUACGGCAGGAUGGGUGCGUGGAUCCUCCUGGUGCUGAACUUCUUCUUCAUCCUGGCCUGGACCACAGUGGCCAUCUCAGUGUCCGUGGUCAGGGACAAGGGCCGACCAUACGUGUUCCCAGAGGACUGGUGGCGUGUGUUGGUGGUGGUGAUAGCGCUGUUGCUAACGGCACAGGAGGUCUUCCGGGAGGUGCGUGAGGUGCAGGUGUCACGGCGGAAGCUUCGUCGAUGGCAAAGCUGGAGCAUCAGACGCAUCAAUGAGGACCUGGCCUGCACACACCCCAUGUGGCCUGAGGAGCGGCAUUACCUGGAGGAGCAGAUCAGGUUCAUCCGGAACAUGAAGGGCAGCUACGCUCAGGACCUCUGGAACAUCUUUGAUUGGCUGGUGUAUGUUCUGCUGAUCGCCGUGCUGGGGAUCCACCUGGCGGACAUCUUCCUGGUGUCGGGCUCUCUGCGCAUCUACAGCCUCCGACUCUUCGCUGUGGUGGUCAUCUUCCUCUGGCUGCGCCUCAUGAAGCACGUCCGAGCCUUCAGGGUGAUGGGCCCCUUCAUCGUGAUGCUGGGGAAGAUCGUGGGCGACGUCCUGAGAUUCCUCUUCCUGUACGCAGAGAUCUACAUCCCCUACGCCUGCGCAUUCUGGAUCAUAUUCGGAGGCACGGACGCAGUACCCAGCAUGAAGACGGUUCCUAAGCUGCUGUACAGCCUGUACCGCAUCACGCUGGUGGACGAGUACGAGUUCGACGCCAUGGUGGCCGUGGACUCCAUCAUGGCCCACCUGCUGUGUGGCACGUUCCUGGCGCUCUCUGCUGUCUUAUGCGUCAACCUGAUGAUUGCCCUCCUCUCCGACACGUUCCAAAGGGUGUAUGAUAAUGCGUUAGCCAACGCCGUAAUGCAACAAGCAGCCAUAAUUCUGCAGGUGGAGGAGUCCAUGCCACGGCUUCGCCGUUUCUAUGACAACCACUACAUCCACGAACACUGCGCACCUUUAGGGGAGUACUACGAUGAUGAUGUCACCACCGACCGCUACCAGUACGCCGAGAUGAAAAAGAUUACCUCACAAAUAAAAGAUACUCUAGAUGAGUUUCUGGAGAUCCAGAAAGAUGCGGAUUCCUGCGGACCUGAGCGACCUGAUGAGGAUGAUGAUGAUGACAUGGGCUCAGGGUUGAGGCGGCCAUCGUGGGCAGCCAGGGAGGGCAGCCUACGCAACCUGCGUCUGACCCAGCGACAGCAGAGCAUCGAGAUGAGCGCACUCCGAGCAGACGUCAAGGAGAUGCAGUCCCUCCUCCUCCAGCUAGUCCAGUCUCAUACUGCCCCUAAACCCUGUGGGGACAUUGGAAUAAAGCCGCUGUUUGGUCACAGCGAGGACACAGAGGUGGAAGCGCCGGUACUGCCAGAGUGCAGAUUACCAGAACAUCAGACAGAAGGGCAACAGGAAGUGACGCCAGAGAGCUCGCGGAGAGAAGCCAAGAGUAGUCCUCGAGCCGUGUACAAGGAGCAGGCCUUCUAAAAACCUUAUACACACGUACACGCACACACACACACACACUGGAGCUCAAAUACACAAAACAAUGACUGCACGCAAAAAGCUGUGUAAAUUAUGCUGUGUUUUGUUAUAUGCAAUGUUUUAUCAGUGUUACACUGUGAGAAAGGCUACACUGUUUACUUAAUAAAAGAUGAAGAGUA